UGAAACAAGACAAGUCUGUCUAGCAGCCACGAAGGUGGAGGACUUUGAAAUUUUGUAAUUUCUCCGUUGGAAUUCAUAGUUUGUUAUUGCUAUCUUCCUAAUUAUGUAUAAGGAUAUAAAAGCAGCCUCUGCUUCUUACAAAUCUACAAAAAACAGCUUCUAAUCAAAGGGAUCAUAAGCCAUGGGUGUGUCUACCUUCACACAAGAAUACACAUCCCCAGUUGCCCCAUCACGUAUGUUCAAGGCCUUAAUUCUCGAUUCCAACAUUUUGAUUCCAAAGCUCUUACCCCAGUUCAUCAAAAGUGUGGAUGUAAUCCAAGGUGGUGAAGGUGCUGGAACCAUUGAACAAGUCAACUUCACUGAAGCCAGCAACUUGAAAUAUGUGAAGAAUCGAAUUGAAGAACUAGAUAAAGACAAUCUGAUGUGCAAGUAUACUCUGAUUGAGGGAGAUCCACUGGGAGACAAGCUUGAUUCUAUUGCUUAUGAAGUGAAGUUUGAGGCAGCAAGUGAUGGAGGCUCAGUUUGUAAGAUCACAAGCAAUUAUAUUACUGUCGGAGAUUUUACCAUCGAAGAAGAAACUUUUGAGGAUGGCAAGGACAAGGCUGUAGGGAUAUACAAAGUUGUUGAAGCCUACCUCUUGGAGAAUCCUCAUGUUUAUGCUUAAUGAUUUUUUUUUACCAUGUGAUUCGUUACAUUUAUACAUGCCCUUCAACUUUGGGCAGGGGAAAAAUAAACCUUUAUGCUUGUAAUUGUGAUGACUAUCACAACUUAUUAUAUUAAAUCCUUUAUCAAUUCAUUACAUCUUGUCAUUUUA